GGUCGCGAGCCCUUCGCGCGGGGCCCCGGCUGCCCGCCAUGCCCGCCGGCGUGUCGUGGCCCAGCUACCUGAAGAUGUUCGCGGCCAGCCUGCUGGCCAUGUGCGCGGGGGCCGAGGUGGUGCACCGGUACUACCGGCCGGACCUGACCAUCCCUGAAGUGCCACCGGAGCGUGGAGAGCUCAGAACCGAGCUCCUGGGCCUGAAGGAGAGGCAGCAGAGACGCCAGCCUUGUCAGCAGUAGAGCUGCCUGUGCCAAGGGUGCUGGGAGGAACGUUCUCUCUUAGAGCCGUGGAUUUUUGUUAAUUUAUUGAGUCAAACUGCUGGAAUUUCUUGUUUUUGAGUCCCCAAACUAUGCUGACCACAAGAGGUGGUGCUUCGCAGACACAAACUGAUACACUGAAAUUUAAUUGUAAUUCAGGCAGUAAUUCUUGGGAACUGCUUGGUGCUUCCUGUCAGCCUCGAGUGUGGUCUGGAAGAUACUUCGUUGAACAUCAUAUGUUACCAGUUCUGAG